AUGAAACAUUCGUCUGUCUUUCUUUUCUGUUCGCUCCUUCUCGGAGUAGCUUCGAGCAGUGAGCUCUCUGCAGACUGCAUCUCGACACAUCUGCUCCCUAUCAUCACCACCUCUUCUUCUGCGCCUGUUCUGACUGAAUUGGCGCCUGGAGCAAUGCCUGCGGUUCCCACUCCUGGUGCAAACAAGGCAGCAGAAUCUGGAUCUGAGCCUGUUUCUGGCCUGGUCAAUCCCAGCAACGCCAGCCCUGCAUCGGUUGAGCCAGAUUCCCCCAGCGUCGGCGUUUUGUCAAUCAAAGGCUCGGGCUAUGUGAACCCGACUGACACUGUCCCUACGCCAUCCUCGUCUGCUAGUCCCGAUUACGUGUCUGGGGCCCCCGACAACAUUGUUAGCAACAUUAGCAGAGCUAUGUACCUGGCGGGCUCUAUUAGUUUGAUCGUUCACUUGGCCGGCUUAGUCUGA